AUGGUUCUGCGGCUGCUGAUGCGCUACCUGGCCAACAAUGAGCAGCUGAUCCAGCGCCUCUCCGAGAGCUACGCCAUCCGCCGGGCGGCGCAGCUCACGCUGUACGCGUUUCAGCGCUCGAAGAUGAUCGCCGAGGAGCACCGCUGGACGCCCGAGAGAUUCCGCGCCUUCAUCCGGAACUUCAACAGCAACUUCCGCGAGGAACUCGAGAGCGCGAAGCGCGAGCUGAAGCGCAAGUGAAGUCAACUGGAUGUU